GGCGGGGAGCCCCCGGCGCCGCCCGCCCAGCAUGCUGCGCAAGGUUUAGGUUCUGAACGGCUGUUGCACUCUGAAUCCAAAGCUUCCAGAAAGCCAUGAGGUACCUGAUGACUUCAGUGGGCUCUAGAGCUGCUCUCAAAUCCUAACUUCACUGCUUCUAGAUGAUUAGAUGAAUUUAUUGGAAAUGGAUAAAUCAGCAAGAUCUCCACGCAAGGUGGAAAGACAUGACAUGAAUACCCUGAGUCUACCACUUAACAUCCGUCGUGGAGGUUCUGAUACCAACCUGAACUUUGAUGUACCAGAUGGGGUCCUAGAGUUUCACAAAGUCAAACUCAACGCAGAUAGCUUGAAACAGAAAAUCCUCAAGGUUACAGAACAAAUCAAGGUUGAACAAACAGCUCGAGAUGGAAACGUGGCUGAGUAUUUGAAACUGGUGAACAGUGCAGACAAGCAGCAGGCUGGACGCAUCAAGCAAGUCUUUGAGAAAAAGAACCAGAAAUCUGCCCACUCCAUUGCCCAGCUGCAGAAGAAAUUGGAACAGUAUCACAAAAAGCUCAAGGAUAUUGAACAAAAUGGAUCUUCCAAAGCUACCAAGGAUACUUCCAAAGAUAACUUGAAAGACGUUCAGCAUGGAAAGUCUCGUAGCACUGGGCACGGAGCAGAGAGCAGCAAGUCGGGUGUGCCAGGGGUAUCUCUGACACCCCCUGUCUUUGUUUUCAGCAAGUCCAGAGAGUUUGCCAACCUGAUCCGAAACAAAUUUGGUAGUGCAGACAACAUUGCUCAUCUGAAAAAUACCCUGGAUGAAUUUCGGCCAGAAACGAGUUCUAGAACCUAUGGGGGCAGUGCCACCAUUGUUGCCAAACCAAAAUAUGUUAGUGAUGAUGAAUGCUCAAGUGGGACCUCUGGAUCAGCAGACAGCAAUGGGAAUACUUCCUUUAGUCCUGCUGUGGCAAGCACCCUGGACAGCCAAGGAAAGCUUUCCAUGAUUUUGGAGGAACUAAGGGAAAUCAAGGAGACACAGUCUCAAUUAGCUGAUGAUAUUGAGAAUUUAAAAACCCAAUUUAAAAGAGACUAUGGCUUUAUUUCUCAGAUGCUACAAGAGGAAAGAUUUAGAUAUGAAAGAUUGGAGGACCAGUUAAAUGACCUCACUGACCUUCAUCAACAUGAGACAGCAAACUUGAAACAAGAGCUAGCCAGCAUAGAGGAGAAGGUGGCGUAUCAGGCCUACGAGCGAUCACGAGAUGUUCAGGAAGCCUUGGAAUCAUGUCAGACCCGAGUUUCCAAACUGGAGCUCCAUCAGCAAGAACAGCAAGCACAGCAGUCUGAAACAGUUAAUGCCAAAGUGCUCCUGGGGAAGUGUAUAAAUGUUAUCCUGGCCUUCAUGACUGUCAUCUUAGUCUGUGUUUCUACUAUUGCAAAGUUCAUUGCUCCUAUGAUGAAGAGCCGCUUUCAUAUCAUCUGCACUUUCUUUGCAGUGACGCUGCUGGCAAUAUUUUGUAAAAACUGGGAUCAUAUCAUUUGUGCUAUAGAAAGAAUGAUUAUACCAAGAUGAAGCUAUUGGACUGGCUGGUCUUCUAUUUUUUCUUUUUUUUUCUUUCUUUUCCCCUUUUUUCUUCCCUUCCCUGUUUUUUAAGCACUGUGUGUAUACAAAUUCUGGUGUAAAUAUAUAAAAGUAUACUUGUUGGCAGUCAGUUGCCUGUUCAAUCUGAUUUUGUCUAACUGGCUGUAUCUGUGAUGAACUGCUCACUUAAGUCAGUCUUCUGCCUUAAUCCAAAAGGUUUUCCACUUUCCAAACCCAUACCCACAAAAGAUGGUAUGAUGGUCCAGGAGGGAUCCCAGCAACUGCAAGUGUCAGGUGUGUUUUUUACUAGGCUGGAGUGCAAGGAGUGUGAUCAAGAGGGAGUGCCAUAAUGUGUAUCAGCUCUGCUAGACUGAUAGUUAAUUUUCUCUCUGAAUCCAACUAGAAUGAUAAACCAAACUAUGCAGUCAUGUGUAUUGAUAGUUCUAGAU